UCGUAGUAUUUAUUAUUUACAUUUGUACAAAUAUUGUUAAAAACAUAUUUUGGUUCAUAUUAUAAUUAUAUUUACCCAAAAAACAAUACUUUUGUCUAAUGUGGAAAGAAUUACAAAAAUCGCCAUCAUUUUUCUUAUUGUUUAAAAAAGAAUGUAGAUAUCACAUUAUAAUUACGGAUUACAUCAAAAUAUGGGAAAUUUAUUACUCAGAAGAUGCUUUUCUUAAAUGCCUGAAGGAAAGUAAUUUAGGCUUAGAAAUUAAUACACUAGAGCUCACUGAAAAUGGAACCCAAAUGCUUCUAAAUCCAACAGAAUGUAAGAGUUUAAAUAUAUCACAUAAUGAGUCAUCACUUAUUGUGUCUAUGACUAGGUUUUACGGUUACCCUUUACACUUAAGAAUUGAGCUAAAUGAAGGAUCUCAUGAGUUGUUUUUCCAAGAAGUUACUCAACAACUGCUGAAAACAGUGAAAGACUUAAAAUGUAGUGAAACAAAAUUACGUAAACUGCUUACAAAGAAAGAUGAAGAAAUUGAGGAAUACAAAUCAUUAGGAGGCAAGAUACGAUAUACUGCACUUCCUCCUUAUGAUGACGACACACAUAUGCAAACACAUACAGAAUAUGAAAAAAAUUUUGGUGAAAUAGAGAUUUCCAGUACUAUUCUAGAAAGAAGAAUUAAUGUUUCUAGACAAAAUACCAAUGAAAUAAUGAUUGAUAGUAAGAAAAAUAUUAAACAAGAACCUGUUUCACAAGAAGAUAUCUCAUCAAAUUUAACAACUAGAGAAUCAAAUGAUAUAAAACAAGAAUAUAUAAAGAAUGAAAUAACUCCAAUUAUUCCAACACGAACCAAGAGAAAAAAAAUGCUGAACAUUUAAUGGAAUAUUACGUAUGACAAAUGUCAUACUAAAUAUUUUAUUUUAUUUCUUAAAACUAUGAAAUAUUAAUUUAUUCAAAUUAAUGUAUAUAUAUUUUUUACGUUCAUUCUACUUUGAUUUGAACACUAAACUUUUGUAAUAUAUUUUAUUUAUUUUAUAUAUUAAUGCGAUCAAUUUAAUUUUUCCUAAUGUUUUAACAGAGUUGUAUCUGCGGUGGCAUUAGAAGUAACUUUAGAAGCAAAGAAAUAUUAUUUCAUUUCAUUUUUGAUUAUUUAAAUGUAUGGAAUAGUAUAUUUAAAAAAUAAAGAAACUUGUUACACCAAAUAAAUGAAAUUGUAAAAAAAAUACUUGGUGGUUUGUUGCGCAAAUGCAUGCCUGCUAUAUUAUAUAUUUGAGCAAGAA